AUGCGUAUUAUCUCAUUAUACGCUCCUCAUAUAUAUAUAUAUAUUAUUAUACUAUAUCACUAUCUCCGCCGUCAGCACCACCUGCUCCGCCGUCAGCACCAGCUGCUCCGCCGUCAGUACCACCUGCUCCGCCGUCAGCACCAGCUGCUCCGCCGCCAGCACCACCUGCUCCGCCGUCAGCACCAGCUGCUCCGCCGUCAGCACCAGCUGCUCCGCCGUCAGCACCAGCUGCUCCGCCGUCAGCACCACCUGCUCCUCAAACUUGCUCAGAAGGACACACAGUGGGGCACACUGGACACUGCAUUAUUUGCGAGCAAAACCAGCAAUUCCAGGAGAGCUUGGCUACGGAUAGAGCUCGGCGGCUACAACAGGAGGCAAUCGCUGCCGAGCCAGAGCAGCAAGCUCGAGUCUCCCGAGCACAGCAAGAGACGGUGGCAAGAAUCCAAGCAGAACGGGCUGCACGGCUGCCUUUCGAUUAGCAACACCAGUGGUCAAGACUCUACCCGUCGGUUCAAUGCGGACCAAGAUAUUCAGGUGCUCAUGGAUUUCAUCGGCAGCCAGCCAACUGCCACACAAAUGUUUGUCGUUCGGGAGUCGUCCAGGGAAUCCCCGGCGCUCGAGUCAACACUCAAGGGGUCAUCUCUGUCCCAUUAUGGGCUGACCAGAUCGGUCGUUCUACACGUUUAUUGGCUGAGUGACACAGAGGCCCGUGAUCUGCAACAGUCUGAAGAACAGCCAGACCUCCCGACUGCAAACAGCUCUCCACCAACCUCUACCCAAGAAGAGUCAACUGCUGAUGAUAGCGAUGAUGAGCCGUUAGUUGUGGAUGAUAGUUCUUUGGAGCGCCCUACGUCCCCACUGGCACAGCUAGUACAAGAGUGUAACGCUAGGCUCAGUGGACGUGCCGGCUAUAUGCAUCAAUGGCGGGAUGCUGCUAUUCGACAGCAUGCUUGA